AACACUAGUCACUGACAAAUGAUUAUAGACUCGUAUAUAUUGAACUCAAGUUUAUUUUGCUAAGCUUAUCUCUUGACCAAUUUAAUAAAAAUAUAAUUUCGUUAAACUUUCUUAAGUCAUAACUAUUUUUGGUACAUGUGAUUAACGUUAAACAAAAAGCAUUUUAGUUAAUAACAGUCUAAUAUAAAUAGUUGGAUGUUAGAUAUUUCAUAAGUCAUCCAAAAUGGGCGCUGUAUUGGGUCUUUGUUCAGCUGCACAGCUUGCAUGCUGUUGCGGCAGUGCAGCAUGUUCUCUGUGCUGCUCAGCAUGUCCUUCCUGUUCCAACUCUACCUCCACAAGACUUAUGUACACUCUUAUGUUAUUGUUGAUGACUGUGGUGGCUUGCAUUACAUUGGCUCCAGGAUUACAUGAAGAAAUGAAAAAGGUUCCAUUUUGUGCUAAUUCUACAGGGUUGAUCCCAGGCAACUUUAAAGUUGAUUGUGAUCAGGCAGUUGGCUAUCUGGCUGUUUAUAGGGUCUGCUUCGCUACAUGUCUAUUUUUCAUAUUUAUGGCACUUUUAACAAUUGGAGUGAAGUCUUCUAAAGAUCCUCGGGCUGGCAUACAAAAUGGAUUUUGGGGCAUUAAAUAUCUGGUAGUAAUUGGUGCAACAAUUGGUGCCUUUUUUAUUCCAGAGGGUCAAUUUGCUUCAACUUGGAUGGUAUUUGGAAUGAUAGGAGGCUUUUGUUUUAUUGUUAUUCAACUAAUACUGAUUAUUGACUUUGCACACUCUUGGGCUGAGAAGUGGGUCUCAAACUAUGAAGAAUCUCAAUCAAAAGGAUGGUAUUCUGCUCUACUUCUUUCGAUGCUUACCUGUUAUUCUCUUACUAUUGCGGGUAUAGCAUUGCUCUUUACUUACUACACAACGCCAAAUGGAUGUGAUUUGUCAAAAUUCUUCAUUUCAAUUAAUCUUAUACUGGUUGUAAUUGCCAGUGCUAUCUCAAUCCUUCCUUCUGUGCAAGAACAUCAACCCCGCUCUGGUCUCCUGCAGUCUGCUGUUGUUUCAUUAUAUGUUACUUAUCUGACAUGGUCAGCACUAUCUAAUUCUGCUGGCGAAUGCAAUGCUAGCAUCUCCACAACUAAUGAGGAGACACAAGAAGAUAUUUACUGGUCAUCAUUCGAUAAGCAGUCAAUCAUCGGGUUGAUAAUUUGGGUAUGCAGCGUUUUGUACUCCUGCGUCCGUACCGCCUCUUCUUCCUCCAAAAUCACAAUGUCGGAUCAUAUACUCGCUAAAGAAGGCAGUGGAGGAAAUGGAGGUCUAAUUGAUAACGAAGAGGGAGAUGGAGGCGAGGCUGGCAAUAGCGGAGAGACAAAAGUGUUCGACAAUGAGGGUGAUAGUGUUGCUUACUCUUGGAGUUUCUUCCACGUUGUCUUCGCCCUGGCAACACUCUAUGUUAUGAUGACUCUCACCAAUUGGUACAACCCAAGCUCACAGCUUUCAAAGGAGAAUGUUGCGUCAAUGUGGAUCAAGAUCACGUCGUCGUGGCUCUGCGUUGGUCUCUACGUCUGGACCCUGGUCGCACCCGCCAUUUUCCCCGAUAGGGACUUCAACUAAGCUAAGCGAUUAUUACUCUGAUUUACUUAGUCAUUUUAAUAUAUAACUUAAUCAAUUAUCUGAGUACCCUAUAAAAACAAUAAUUUUGAUCUCAUCUUUGAAAAUAUCAUCAAUUUAUUCAACAUCUUGUAGUAGAAAUUUCUUAUCUUCUAGUAAUACAAUAUUUGUUAGUUUAGUUGCAGUCUCAUU